ACGCGCGAUAAGUCCACUCUGUCGUCUAUACGCACCACAAUGCGCACCCCCGUCCGUCUUCGCAUCCCGCGCACUCCUACCCUCCUCCCACGCCUACGCACACCUUUCUUCCGCACUAUAUCCUCUAUAUCCACCUCCACCUCUCCCUCAAACAUCGCAUACACGACCAAUUGCCCCGCGCAAACAUGUUCCUGUAGUGUUUCCACACCUCCCGACCUCGACAUCGACCGCGCUUCGCCCCUGUUGCAUACGGUGCCACAAUAUGCGCAGCACGUGGUGCUUUGCACGGGCAAGGAUGACUGGAGUAGUAGGAUAGAGGAUGAGGAGGGUGUUUCUGGGGAGUUCUUAAGGGGUAUCAGAGGGGAAAUCGGGAGGGGUGGAAAGGGAUUUGAUCCGUUUAACAACAUCCUGCUCACAAUGGGAAGCUUCCCCACUACUACCUCAACUUCACCAACACCAUCAGCUACCACGGACUCGCAGACCGCAACGACAGCCCUCCUCUUCCCCUCUUUCCUCCGCAUUCCCUUGAUACCAACCACCUCCCCAUCUCCCUCGACCUUCGCAACCGCAUACCUGAAAGCCGAAAAGCUUCACACCCACCACGCCUCCCUCACCCCCACCCAAAAAGCCGCCCUCACUCGUGACGCUUCCCAAGCAAGCCUCCUACCAGCCGCAGAACCCAUCACGAGACCAACCAUCUUGAUCUGUGGCCACGGCAGCCGCGAUUCGCGCUGCGGCGCGCUGGGUCCCGUCCUACGUACCGCGUUCCAAGAGCUAUGCGCGCGCAAAGGAGUCGAUGUCGAUGUAGGAAUCGUGAGCCACGUCGGGGGACACAAGUUUGCAGGGAACGUGGUUUUGUAUCUCCCGCCUAGUUAUCAAUUCGCACAUCGACAUCAGGAGACUGAUGCGGGAAGUGGGCUAGCUGGUGCCGGGGUGUGGUAUGGACGCGUUGGGGUCGAGGAGGUUGAGGGGGUGGUUGAAGAGACGCUUUUGAAGGGGAGAGUCAUUGCGAGUUUGUUGCGCGGUGGGGUUUUAGGGGACGGAAGGGGGGAUUUGGGAAGGGUUGUUGAGGGGAUGAUGGCAAGGGAGAAAGGAGAUGGUGCAGGGGAUGCGUUGAAGUUGAAGCCUAGGGUUCGGCGGUGA